AAUAUGGUGAUGUAUUACACUCCGACGACGACGCCUCCCGCCUUCCCCUGUGAAUCUGCGACGAAGCAAGCAGAAGACAACGAAGGUUAGGCCGACGACGCUGCCUCCCUCCCUCCCCUGCGAAUCUGGUUUCAGUGAAAAUUGUGUAUUUUCACAUGGGUGAUGGUGGUGCUAAUGGGGCUGACAAGAGAAUAGUUUUUGUGACCGUUGGAACUACUUGUUUUGAUGCUCUAGUUAAUGCUGUGGACACUGCUGAAGUUAGGAAAGAGUUGUUCGAGAAAGGCUAUACUGAUAUUAUUGUUCAAAUGGGUCGUGGAACCUAUGUUCCCACAAAGUCUGCCUCAGAAAAUGGAUCCCCAGCGCUGGACUAUUUCACUUUCUCAUCAAGCAUAGCCAAAUAUCUGAAAUCAGCAUCUCUUGUUAUUAGCCAUGCGGGUUCGGGAAGCAUAUUUGAGACAUUGCAACUAGGCAAACCAUUGAUCGUGGUAGUCAAUGAAGAUUUAAUGGACAAUCAUCAAAGCGAGCUAGCGGAAGAACUUGCUGAUAGAAAGCAUUUGUUUUGUGCACGUCCACAGACGCUAUACCAAACCAUCGCAGACAUGGACUUGGAGUCUGUUGUUCCAUAUCAACCAGGUGACGCUAAGCCAGUAGCUAAACUCAUUAAUAGUCAUCUUGGUUUCCCUGAGGAAUGAUCUGAUGAUGGUUCAAAGAAUCAUCUUAGAGUCAAAGUAGAUCUUUAAAGUUCUAAUGUGAUAUAAUAUUGAGCAGAGUGUACUAAAUUGGGCAGUUUCUACAAUGUCA